AUGGGGAAAGUUCACGGCUCCCUUGCUCGUGCCGGUAAGGUCAAGAACCAGACACCUAAGGUGCAGAAGCAGGAGAAGAAGAAGCCAGUGACUGGCCGUGCAAAGAAGCGCCAGCUGUAUAACCGUAGAUUCACCACAACUGACAUGGGAGGCGCUUCUGAUUUGAAGCGCCAGAGGAGCAUGGCAGCAAUCGUGAUGCCGAUAACCUGCUUGGGGAGAGAUUAG